UACUACCAAUGAAGAGUCAACGCGCAAGAAAAUGAACCGGGAGUCCCUGAUAGCUGCAGGCCUGGCAACCGUGGCUACCGUGCAUGCCGCACACAACGUCUACGGGAGUGUAGAAAAGCGCAAGCAUCGCAAGGAAAUGGUCAAAACAGGCGAGAUGACACCGGAAAAGGCACGAAAGCAACGAGUCAAAGCCAAUCUGUCGGAUGCCGCCAGUAUAGGCGUUGCAGCGCUGGGGAUCAAGAGUGCAGUUUCUGAAUGGAAGGAAGCGGACGAGAAGUAUCGGAAGAAGAAUACUUUCGAGAAGGAAUGCACAGAAAGACGAGCGAGACGGGCGAAGAGUCACGAUGUGCCUAGGAGGAAGUAUUUUGUGCCGGAUGAGAUUGAGGAGACGGCGAGUCCUGAACGGCCGAUUAUUUCGUAUUGAUGAUAAUGAUUAUGAUAAUGAGUUAUGAUUUGACAUUUCUACAAUCAAUAGACAUCAUAUCUUGACAUGGAAGUUCAUCCGAG